AUGCUCACCCCAGAAGAUGACUUGGAGCUCCUGAACAGUGAAGGUCAAGCAGCAGAUGAGAGCAAGUUUGCUUCUUUCUUUUUAGGACCUACUUACAGAGCGAUCAAGGAUGUCGUUUGGGCCACUGGCUUGGUUGUUAUCUGCCUGUGUAUAGCUGCACUGAUUUUUACAUACACGGAAAGAAAUUGGGAAAUUUUAGACAGCUCCAUAGGUGAAGGAGAGUGGGACAGGGGAUAUAUAGAUACCUUAAAGUUCAAGGAUCUGAGAAUGAGAUAUGAGGACAUUGAUGAAGCUUUACUUGGUAACAAAACAGACGUUGCUAGAUAUGAGGUUAUUGUAAAGCAGCAGUGCCUCACAAAGAGGAAUGUGUUUGAUUUCAUGUGGCAUUUUGGAGGUUCAGUUGAUUAUGUUAUAUCUGUUCUCACUACUACUGGCUGGGGAGUCAUGAUUCCUGUUUCCGCAGGUGGUAAAUUCUUCACGAUAGUCUAUUUCCUAGCAGGAAUUCCCAUCAUUUUGCUCUUUCUCUACUCCUUGGUGGACAUAAUUGAUACAGUGUUCACCAAACUUAGGCACAAUCUUGCAGACAGGAUCAAAACAUAUGAGGAUAACCCUGACGGCUGGGCAUUAUAUUCAGUAAGUGGGAUACUGUUUGCUCUACUCACUCUGGUGGUGCUUCUUUGUGCUGGCAUCUCUGCAAGACGUGAACACAAGUGGAGUAUUGAGGGGGCUGACUUUGUUCCUGGAUGGGCUGAUGAUGGAAAAGGGAAUUGGGUGUACUGGGAUGCUUUUUAUUUCCAAAUCGUAUCUAUGCUUACAGUUGGUUAUGGAGACUUCCAUCACCGGGCUUAUGACACUUCGUUUGGAGCAUGCCAGUUCUUCUUUGUCUUCAUACCUAUCUGUUUGUUUUUGGCACUUUCCAAAACAAUUGUAAACCAGUUCAAAGAAAAGAGGGCUCCUAAACCUGUCAGCACAGCAGGCCAUCAAUAAAGGACAUAGUGAAAUUAUGUGAGUAUUGUGAAGUGUACCCACAGUUUUUCGAACGUUGUGAUAAUUUCACCAAUUUUCCUCCCUGCUUGUAUCUGCCUUAGAUUGUCAUUUUCAUAACUGCAUCUGGUCCUAAUUGUGCUGUGAAUUUUAGUUUUCUCAGUUGAUCAGUACUCAGUUUUGGAGCUAAACUGCUGAUCAAAUUUCAUUGUGUUUUUUAAACCAACCGAAGCCGAACCCUUAUUCCAUAUAAUUUUAGAUUUCAAUAUUAUUGUAUUCAUAGACAGAUAGUUUAACUUAAUUUUUACUGAUCAUAUGAUAUGAUACUAAUAGAUUCCAGUUAUAGAUCAGCUCAUUUUGGGCCUCUAAUGCUCUUUUACAGCUGGCGAUAGGUUGGUUAAUGGUUUUAGAAUUAUAAAAAAUUAUUUCAUAAGUAGUAAGUUGAUUAUAAGAUGAAUUGUUAAUUUCUAUAAUUGAAGGUUACAUGCUAUAUCCAGUUGACAAGUGACUUCAAAGUACAAACUAUAGAUCAUAGAAUAAAAAAUACAGAAUUUAGAAUUUUAAAAUAAGAAGUGUAAUUUAUGUAAAUAUUUAAUUUUCUGACUCACUCUCAUUCUCGAUGACGUAGAAUAAUUGUUCAGAGCAUGAUUUUAGUAGUAUGAAAAUUUUUAGAAUUUUUAAUAAUGCAUGAGAAUUAUUUGAUCGAGCAUUUCCCAGCAUUAAGAUUAAAGAUGCAUUAGAAAAUUAGAAAACUAUAUGGACACGUUCAUUUGAGUUUGAGGAUAUUGGUAAACAAAAAUAAUAGCGUUUUUGACGAUAGUGGCUUAAUUUUGACAUCUAUUAACCUAGCACGUUCAGAAGUUCUGAACAUUAGCCACGCAACCCAUACUCCCAUAUGCACCGCUCAGAAAGAAAAUCUAUUGUUGUUAGGCACUAUAAUGUUUCAAAUGUCACAUUUUGUGUGACUUAGUUAACUGCAGUUGUCUAAUUAUCAUUCCUUGGUCUGAAAUAUAGUAAAUUAGGUCAAUCUAACAAUUAUGAUACAACAUUGGUUAAA